AUGUCUUCUGUGCCAAGCAAAGCUUCCGACUAUGUCGUUCGAGAGGGUGCAACGGAGGAAGCACGGUGGGCACCACAUACUUCUCGCCCUACCACUUUGCAAAACACAUCUCAACGGCUGGAACGCCAAUACGCCAUGAUGAAACGGGUCUUCGGACGCACGUCCCCCGUCCCGCCCACCGUCGACCUCUCCCGCCUGUCGACCGUGCUGGACGUCGGCGCGGGCACCUGCGCAUGGACGCUCGACCUCGCGCGCCAGCUUGAGAUCCAGCCGCGCCUCGCGAAUGCCUCGGUGCGCCUGUAUGCGUGCGACCUCUCGCUCGCGAAGUUCCCGCCGCGGCAGGCCACCGACGCGCUCGGCAUCACGGUGUUCGAGCAGGACGCGACGCAGGCGUUCCCCGCGGCGCUGCUGGGGACGUGCGACCUCGUGCACGCGAGCCUGCUCGUCGGCGCGCUGACUGCGGACGGAUGGCGCGCGGCGCUGGGGAGCUAUCGGGACUUGCUGAAGCCGGGCGGGACGCUGAUCCUCUCGGAAAUGGACGCGAUGGUGUACACGGAGGCAUGUCCUCCUCCUGCGGUCCGGAGCCUCGAGCGGGAUGCCGAAGAGUGUAUGGACGGCACGACCUGGCGGCACAAGCUGAACACCUUCUGGGCCACAUUCGGCCUCUCGAGGGGACUCAUGCCGUACAUCACGCUGCACCUGGCCUCCCUCCUCGAGGCCGCCUCGUUCGAGACGCCCGUCUGCCGAUCGUACAUCUCGCCGCUCGGCAGACUCUGCAGGCAUCACAAGGGCGCGGACGGCGGCUCCCUCGCGAGCGAGGAAGAGUUCACUCUGAGCGGCUCGGAGAUCCUGUUUGGGUCUCUGAUCCAGGCUGCGUUCGAGCGGGGCGUGCUGGAGGCGCCGAGGGGCACGAGGAUCACCACGGAAGAAGGGAGGGAUGCGCUGCUCGAGGAGAUUAUCGACGGGUUGAGGGAGGAAGGCGGGUGUACUGUUUGGUCUGAGUUCGUGGCGAGGAAGAUGUGA